AAGUUGGAGAAUAUGUGUACAAUAACUGCGAAAUCAAGAUCCGCCCAAAGCACGAUUAUAAUAUCUGUCUAACAUUUACACCGUAUCGUUUAACUUGCAUGUUUGCAAAGCUGGAAAUGAAACAGCUUGGUGUUCUAUCUCAGCUAGGAAUCAAAUUCACUAUACCAUUGUAUGGUUAUGGAGGAAAAAGCAACUUGAGAUUAGAAGAUGUUAAAAAACAUGUUAACAGAUAUAUAUUAGGAUUGCCUGAUUUAGCACCUGGUAAAACAAGUCAUACUACUUUCUCUGUACAAAAUACGGGCUCCCGGGCUGCCUAUGUAAAAGCAUUGUGUUUUAAAAACAUUUAUGAAAAAAACAUCAUGGAUCCAAAUACAAUGAAAAUCCUUCCAGAAAAGUUCAUCCUUAAGGAAGGUUCAAAGCAGAGAAUUGCAAUUACAUAUAUUUCCUCUGAAGAAAUCAAGAAAUCAUCAGUGUUGUCUACAAUUUGCUUGUUUUAUGGUGAUGAAAUUUUGAGACAACAAUGUUGCAGAACAAUACAACAUAAACCUGAACAAUGGCAAAAAAUACUUUCUCCUGAUAAUCCAGUAGUAAAUAUUAAAUUUGAUGAAGAAUUUCUCGGAGAAGAGCUGGUGGAAGAAGUCUAUGACCUUCCACAACAGCUAAAUGAUCUCCAGUAUUUUUUGACAAACAUGCGAAAGAUUACACUCUCUGUUGUUAAUGAUUCUGUUAGCACCGUAUCUGAUACUAGGCCAUCUUCAGUACAUCAAAUGGCUUUGGAGAGACUUGGUAUUCCUGAGAAAUCUGCUAUGACUCUGGAUAUACUACCCGUUAAAGGACCUAAUGGCUGUGCCCUAUCUUCAAAAAAUGAUGUCCUAAAUGAAAAUACCCUUGUUUCUCAUGAAACCUGGACUCUUCAACCAGAAUUCCUGAUUCUCACAGCUCCUUUUCAAAGUGGUGCAACAGUUACUAAAUAUACACAAAUGACCAAUACCUCAAACCGACCAUUGAAAUUUGAACUAUCAUGGCCUGCUCAUUGUCUUACAGUAACUCCUCAACACGGAACUAUUGAGCCAGGGAGCAAUGUUUCAAUUCAUGUGAGCCCAAAUCCAUCACUCGCAGAUAAUAAAUCAAUAUUUCCAUGGAAUGGCGUUAUAUACAUACUUUGUGAUGGUGGACAAAAACUUGUUAAGGUUCAAAUUCGGGAAAAUAUCACUGAGAAGUCAUCUGAAAAGAGCUCACUAACUGCUAAAAUGAAUGCUCAGCCACAGUCUGAACUAGCUGUUACUCACAUACAACCAUGCCAGAAAAAACAGUUGACCAAACUCGAAGUAAAAAACCGGACCAUAAUUUUUCCUGAGACAAAAUCUGGUGAACACUCAGAAAAAUACCUAGAGAUUGAAAAUAAUGGAGAUGAAAAUUUGAAGUGGUUUUUGACUUCUUUUGCACCACCAUAUGUCAAGGAUGUUGAUGAAAGUGGAGAUGUUUACAGAGCUACAUAUGCUGCUUUCCAGUGUUCCUAUCUUUCAGGUACUCUUGAAGUUUGUGGAAAAGAAAAAAUUAUAGUGUCGUUUCUACCUAGAGACAAAGGACAUUAUUCUCAGUUUUGGGAUCUUGAGUGUCACCCAUUGCAUGAGCCUCAUUUGACAGACAAAUAUAGACUUCAGUUUUGUGGAAUGAGUAUCCUAAGCAGUAAACAGUUAAAAAACGAAGUAUCCGCAUCAUCAUUCGUAAAAAUCAAUAUUCGAGAUGUAUCACAAAGAAGAGAAUACCUCAGUAUAUUUGAUCACAACAUAUGGAAAGGGGUAUAUGCCCAAGAAGAUGUCUAUACAUUUCCUCCAACUAAAAUUGGCGAAUCAAGUACAUUGAAAAUCAGCAUGAAGAAUUAUUCUAUGUCUUCCUGCCAGCUCAACUUUAGAAGUCCUGGAGAGCCUUUUUAUAUCAAGCAUUCCCAUUAUAAUUUGAGAUGUCACCACUACUGCAAUUUACCAGUCCAAUUCAAACCAAGAUCCCCAGGCAUUUUCAAAUGCUUAUUGGUGGUUGAGACAGAUAAAAGUGGAACUCUUACUAUUCAACUAAUUGGUGAGGGUUUGGCAGAAAAUAGUUAAAUAUGUUGUUAACGAUGCACACUUUGACUAAAUUAUUAAAUUUCCAUUUUUGUAUACAAAAUAAAUGUAUAGGUAACUCAAGUAUUUGUAAAUUUUAAUAAAGUAAAUUUAUUAAUGUAUGCUAUCAUGGAACCAGUGCACUUUUGCUGUUGAAAGCAGCAAUGUAAGUAACUUGUUUUGAUUAUGACUUCUUAAAUGAUAAUGUAUCAGUUUAGUUUUUUAAAAAAAAUAAAAUUUUCUUUAUAUAUUU